GUGAUAAGCAUAAGCACUUUACUUGCUCAAAGCACAAGAUCGUGGAAUAUUGUCAGGAAGAGCGACCUGAAACGGAUUCGUUUUGAGACUUUCAAGUUUAAGUGGAAUUACAAAGGAUUUUAAUCGAAUGGGGAGGCUACGAAGUUUGGAGCUGGGAGUAAUCCUUCUCUUUGUCCAGGCGUUCUCGUCGGGACUUUGUGAAGAGGAAGUGCCAUGCCAGCCAGGCUUCAGUUCAGACCUUUUCGUCUUCAAAGUUCACAGAAACCAUCUCCACAGUGGCAAGAGACUAGGAAAAGUGAGUUUUUCUGACUGUGAGGGGAGACAGAGAGCCCUAUUUCUCUCAGAGGAUUCCCGCUUUAAAGUCGAUCCAGAUGGAACAGUCAUCUUAAAGAGAGCUGUGACCCUGCAUGAUGGACACAAGAGCUUCAGACUCCAUGCCUGGGACUCCAAGGGCAAGAAGAACACAGUCACGGUCACAGUGGUGCAUGAGCACAGACAGAAUCACCAUCACCAUCACAGCGAGACGGACAGCGCCACUCAGGAGCAGGCUGAACCUACUCCAGCUGUCCCAGUGCUGAUGUUUCCACAGUCUUCAGGAGGUCUGAGGAGGAGGAAGAGGGACUGGGUCAUACCCCCCAUCAACUUUCCAGAGAAUGACAGAGGCCCCUUCCCUAAGAAGAUGGUGCACAUAAGAUCAAGCAAUGAUAAAGAGAUUAAAAUACAGUACAGCAUCAGUGGUCCUGGUGCAAAUGAGCCCCCUGUUGGGCUUUUCACCAUUGACAGAAACAGCGGUGAGCUCUAUGUGACUCAGCCUUUGGACAGAGAGACAACAGACAAAUACAAGCUUUUUGCACAUGCUUCGUCAAGUCAUGGUAUGGCUGAGGACCCCAUGGAAAUUAUUAUCAAUGUAAUUGAUCAGAAUGACAACAAGCCUGAAUUUACCCAGGAUCCCUUUCAGGGCAGCGUUCCUGAAGCAUCACCAAAAGGUUUUGAGUUUAUGAAGGUAACAGCCACUGAUAAAGAUGAGCCUGGAAAUCAGAAUUCUGAUGUGAGAUACACCCUUGUGAGCCAAGACCCAGAGCAGCCACAGCCCAACAUGUUCACUAUCAACCCUGUGAGCGGAGGAAUUCGACUGAAUUCAGGUGGACUGGACAGAGAGAAAUUUCCUAAAUACACGUUGGUCAUUCAAGCUGCUGACCUGGAGGGGAAUGGUCUCAUAAAUACCUGCUCAGCCAUCAUCACAGUGACAGACAGCAACGACAAUGCUCCUCAGUUUGAGCAGACUUCAUACACAGUGUCUGUCCCUGAGAAUAAAGUGGGUGCCCUGGUGGUGAAAAUGCCAGUAACUGAUGGGGAUGAACCUCACACACCUGCCUGGUCGACUACAUACAAGAUCAUCCAAGGGAACGAUGGAGGGUUCUUCAAUGUCAGCACUGGACCCAGCAAGCUGGAGGGCAUUAUUACUACAGUAAAGGGUCUUGACUUUGAGAAGAAUAACAAGUAUACUCUGUUGGUCACUGUGGAGAAUGAUGCUCCAUUUGCCACACGUCUGCCCACCUCCACUGCUACAGUCAUUGUGAAUGUGGAGGAUGUGAAUGAGGCUCCAGUUUUUAAUCCAGUUGAGAAAGUGAUCACCAGACCAGAGAACCUGGAAGUUGGCACUGAACUUAUUGUGUAUACAGCAACAGAUCCAGACACGGCAAAAAAGCAGAAAGUCUGGUAUAAAACGGGCAGUGAUCCUGCAGGAUGGCUGAAUAUUGAUAAAGAGACCGGACUCAUUAAAGUCAAGAGCCCCAUGGAUCGAGAAUCUCCCUUUGUCAAAGAUAACAAAUACAGAGCUCUGAUUCUGGCCAUCGAUAACGAUGAAGUUCCUGCAACGGGCACUGGGACCCUACUCAUCGAGUUACAAGAUGUAAAUGACAAUGCUCCAACCAUAAAUGAACGAUUCAUCAGCGUCUGUAACCAAGAACCCCAGCCAGCCCUGCUGUCCAUCACUGAUAAAGAUGCGGAGGGCUACACCUCACCUUUCCGUGUUGAACUCCAGGGAUCGUCAAAGACCAACUGGACUGCUGUAAUGAAUGGCACAAGGGAUGGUAUCAUUCUCACACUGAACACCAAGUUGCCGCAGAACGAUUACAAUGUGGUUCUUAGAGUCUUUGACGCCCAUGACCUUUCCCAGGACAAUACCAUUAUGGCCAAAGUCUGUGACUGCAAAGGAAGUGAAGUCACUUGCAAUGAAAAGGCCGCAGCCGGUUUAGAGUUGUCUGGAAUCCUCGGGAUUUUGGGAGCUAUCCUGCUUCUACUCUUGCUGGUGCUGCUGCUGCUCAUGUUCCUGAGGAGGAAGAGCGGUGUGAAGAAGGAGGAGCCGCUGCUUCAGGACGACGUUCGGGACAACCUCUACUACUACGACGAGGAGGGUGGCGGGGAGGAGGACCAGGAUUAUGACCUCAGCCAGCUGCACAGAGGUCUGGAUAACCGGCCUGAUGUCUUCCGGAACGAUGUGGCCCCAACCUUCAUGGCUGCCCCACAGUACCGACCCCGACCUGCCAACCCCGAGGACAUCGGCAACUUCAUUGACGAUAACCUGAAGGCUGCGGACAACGACCCCACCGCUCCCCCGUAUGACUCCCUCCUGGUGUUCGACUACGAAGGCGGGGGAUCUGAGGCCGGCUCUCUCAGCUCCCUCAACUCCUCCAGCUCAGGCGAGGACCAGGACUAUGACUGCCUGGGCGAAUGGGGGCCACGUUUCAAGAAACUGGCAGACAUGUAUGGUGGUGGUGAAGACUGAAAACCUUAUCACCGAACGUCUGGUUCUCCACUCCACUCUCCACGCUGAUAUUCAGUCUAACUCUGACUUGGUGUGUCCUUCACUCCGAAUAAUGGUUCCUGGUUUUUUUUUUUUUUUUUUUUUCAAAGUUUGCAGUUGCCAGUGCUAACAAAGUCACCAUGUUGUGUAAGUGACAGAACUAAGAGUAAGGACAAUCCAUGUUACUGUUAGCCUGAAUCCAGGUGUUAGUCUCGAGGCUGAAGCGGCCCUGUUCCACCCUCUUUCUCCACUUUUAUGCAAAUGUGUGGUUUUAAAUUUUGAUUUGCGCAUUAUUAGGAGACCAUGUUGAACAUGAGCUCAGCACUCUUUGCGUCUUUUGUGUGGGGGAGAUUGGGGUAGCCAGGGUUGGGAGGGUGGCAUUCAUGGGGAAAAACAAGCUCUUUUUGCCCAGUGCUGGCAGUUAAUAAGGAAGGAUGUCAUUCGCUCUGUAAAUAUGUUCACAGCCCGUCUUGUACUUCAGUCAAAAGCCAAUUGCAUUCUUUCUUGUAAAUAUGUUUUUUUUUUUUUUGUUUUGUUUUGUUUUGUUUUUUGGUAAAAGUUUUAAUAGAUUUUUUUUUGUUUCUGGAAGCCAAAAUAUUCUCAGGAUAUAUGUUCAAACUACUGAUGUAAAUCCAUAAAUGCAUUUUAAGAAUGCUUUAACAAAUGCCUGAAUGUUGCAAGUGCAUUUGGACGUGCUUGGGAUAUGCCUUGAGAGAACCAAAGAGCAAUUAAGUGCUUUUAAAAUGCGCCUUUACUCAUAUAAUUAAUCUUUUUUUUUUUUUUUUCUUUUUGUUAGCUUGUUUUUAGUUUUAACUGCACGGAAGCAAUUCAGUUUAUACCUGUGGAAGUGUUACUUUGAAAUGGAUCUUAUGCAUAUUUUUUAAUAAAUCUAUGAUGAGAGCUGUGAGCAUU